AUGGAAGAAACAAGGAAGCUCUCUCCAAAGCCGUGUAAAAGCAAAGAACCUGUGAAAACAGAAUGGGGGGCUCAGAGUGUUGUAUUUACCUACUUCCAAGGGGAUAUUAACAGUGUGGUGGAUGAACAUUUUUCAAGAGCUCUAAGCAAUGCCAAGAACCCACAAGACCUGAGCACAAAGCAGAGGGAUGAGACUGUUGUCCUGAAGAACGUAGAUAGCAUGUCUCCCCAUCAGUGGAAUUUCUCUUCACAUUGCUCCAAAACAUAUCCACCAUCUUCUGCACCAAGCGUGUCAAAUUCGGGUCUGAAUUUUGCUGCUGCUGGUCUGGCAGGUCAGUACCAGCCACCAUCUCUGCGGAGUCAUCCAACCCAACCUGCAGACUUAUGGCCUUUCCCUUCGAUUGGGGCUCCCAGUCUUCCCAGUUCCGUCUAUCAUCAUGCCUUGCCUGACCUGCACGUGGGAGAUGAACCCAUCUCUGACAGGAAAUACGGUUCUCUUCUUGGUCUUCUGCAACAGGAAAAGUGCUUAACAUCCAUGCAGGAAUGUACCAUGAAGCAACACUCAAGUUCUGCUUGUAUGACUGGACCUGCUAGGUUACAAAAUAUAAGCCAAAGUUCAGCUCCUGGGGGAGAGAGGAAACCAAGCUCUUACCAAGGCUCAGAGAAUGCCAGUGGAAGCCACGCCACUGCAGGCAUUCAGAUCCAUGACAGAAGACGAGAUUUGUACUUUUAG